UGAAAUCUCACUGUAGUGCUUUAAGAUUGUACAUAAAAAUGUUUGAAAAAUUGAUCCAUUGAAUUAGCAAAACCACUGUGUCUCCGCCUAAUCGAACCAGUAAAACAAAUUGCAAACGGACAACUACCGACUACUUGCGACUGGUGGCUGGAAAAAAGCUGACAUCCCCACGAAAAGAUGUGGAAACCCGUUUAACCAUAUCCACAUGGCCAAAUGGCAAUGCGGAAGAGGACGGGACGCUGCCUCCGAUCCGAGAUCCAGAGGCGACACGCCCCCAAAACCACGGAUUUGGAAGACGGAACCAGCGGAUGGAUCAAAACAAAACAAGUCAAGUCGAUCGACAACGAAAACGAAAACGUUAGCGAUAACGAAACCAAAGCUGUGAUGCGCGAUCGAUGGCUGUAAACUUGAACUUGAAGCGUGGCCAAAAGCGAUGGGCACGGCGGCGACUGGCAACUAGCAACUAGCAACUAGCAACCAGCAACUUGCAACUAGCCAGCAGCAACAUGCACAGCCCGACACACGCAACAAUGCCGCUGAAAUGCUUCCAGAGAAGUGCCAGCCAAAUGUUGUUGAUGUUGUUUGUUGUUUGCUGAUGCUGGCGUGUUUUGCACUGGCUAAAAGUGCAGUCGGAGCUGCAGCCAGUUGCCAAUUGCCAACUGCGGAAAAUUGGCCGUCAAGCGAUAUAUAAAAGCCAAGCUUGCAAUGCAGCCGAGUUAAUCAAAGCGCGUCGCUCGCCAGGAAAAGUGCAAGUGUUUUCCACGCUCCCAAAAAAUAUUGAAAUCGCAGGCGAAAAUCAGUCGAGAUGCUGUGCCACCGACACUUCCACAUCCACUGCCACCUCUUCCUGCUGCAGCUCCUGGCGGUGCCCCUCCUGCAGGGAUCCCCCGUUUCGAGUCCGGAAAUAUCCAAUAAGGGCUCCAAGUCGCCGAACAGCGUGCAGCAGCAGGUGCAACAGCAACAGCAACAGCAACUACAACAGCAGCAGCAGCAGCAGCAGGAGGCCCACCUGAAUUCGCUGAGUGCCUAUGCCAGUGGCUAUGACAUGGCCCAGAACCAGGUUCAGACGCAGGUCCUGUCGCCCACGGAUCCUGCGUUCAAGCCCUCGUACAAGAUGCCCGAAAUGGAGACCAACUUCACGCCCAUGCAAACGGCGGGAACUCCCAGCGUGGCCAGCCUGCCGUCGACUCCCAUGCUCAUGCAAUACCUGCCGGCCCAGUCGAUCCAAGAUGGUACCGGAAACACCGUCCAGUAUCUCCAGCUGAUCCCCACCCGACCAAUUAUAGUGCCCAUCUCGCCGUAUCUUUCGGCUGCUGCCGCUGCGGCUGCUGGACCUCCGGCCAUCUCCGCCGGUGGACAGCCGGACUUUGGGGGACGGACAGCAGCUGUGUUGAGUGCACUGCCGCCAAACUACGCAGCCCUCCAGGGAUACGCCGCCGGGUCCAUCAAUCCGGCCGCUGCCUUCCGCAACACCUACAGGAUCAAUCGCGAGGCCAAGGACAAGCACUUCCCGCCCUCGUUUUCGCUCAACCUCAACGAGUAUCUGCCGGCCUCCUCGAUGGGACUGGCUGGUGGCCACGACACCUCCGCCAAUGGCCCACAUUUGUACCUGAGGGCCAGACCUUAG